CUUCACUGUCAUUCCAGUCAGCAGCUCCGCAGGUACUUACGUCCUGCCUUAUUAUCACUUAGUCUAGAUCAUGAUGAGACCCGCAAUUCACAUGAUGCCACCGGACUGGUGUAUUAUCGACACAUUUAUCUGAUGCCGCGACAGUCCCCUUUAAUUAAAGUAUAAAAUGGGAACUCACUUAUUUGUCUCUGCAGCACUGUCCCAAGUCUAAGCUUGCGAGAUAAGCUAUCAAUUCCAAUUCCUCACAUCCAGCAAUACCUCUUUGACAAGGCUCCUUUGUUGUCAAGGUUACGCCUGGCAUUAACGAACUAAUCUUGGGAAACGCUGUAAUGGAAGACAAGAUCCAGACACACAUCCACAAUGAAGACGGCACGGAUCUCAAAGAAGUGAAGGAGACCAAAGUGGUCGCGGGUAACGAAGCGUUCGCCAAAGCGAUGAUUGAGGAUCCUCCCUCGGCAUGGAAUCGGGGUCAGAUCUUGAUCUAUUGCUUCUCUUUCGUCGGCUUCCUCUGCAGCACAAUGAACGGUUACGACGGAAGCUUGAUCAACAACCUCCUGCAGAACCCCUGGUUUCGCGAGAAAUACGGUGUUGAGAGCAGCGGCAUCUGGGCAGGCAUCGUCUCAGCCAUGUACCAGAUCGGUGGUGUUGUUGCGCUGCCCUUUGUCGGCCCCGUCCUCGACGGCUUCGGCCGUAGAGUUGGAAUGCUCUCUGGAUCUGCCCUCAUUGUUGUUGGUACCAUUAUUCAAGGUUUGUCCCAUUCCUCGGGCCAGUUCAUGGGAGGACGCUUCUUGUUGGGAUUCGGCGUAUCACUUGCAGCUUCUGCGGGACCCAUGUACGUCAUUGAGAUUAACCAUCCAGCAUACCGUGGACGGGUUGGAGCCAUGUACAACACCUUAUGGUUCUCAGGAGCUAUCAUCGCCGCCGGGUCUGCUAGAGCUGGAUUGAAUACAGGAGGAGACUACUCGUGGCGGCUCAUUACCUGGCUCCAAGCCCUGUGCUCUGGCCUCAUCGUCAUCUUUAGUCUACUUCUACCCGAGUCCCCACGAUGGCUGUACGUCCACAACAAGAGAGAGGCUGCCGAAGCCAUCUUGACACGGUACCAUGGCCAUGGAAAUCCAGAGUCACCCUGGGUUCUGCUUCAAAUUGCCGAAUAUGAAGAGUCGUUGAACUUGGAUGGCAGCGACAAGCGAUGGUGGGACUACCGCGCUCUCUUUCGCGAUAGACCUGCUGUCUAUCGUCUUUCGUGCAACUUGGCCAUCUCCAUCUUCAGUCAAUGGGCAGGAAACGCUGUGCUUUCCUACUUUCUUGGUGCAGUGCUCGAGACGGCUGGCUACACUGGAACGAUUGAGCAGGCCAACAUUACGUUGCUCAACUAUUGCCAACAGUUCAUCUGGGCUGUCCUCGGUGCUUGCCUCGUUGACAAGAUCGGACGUCGCCCUCUUCUUUUGUUCUCCUUCUCUGCCUGCACUGUUGUCUGGUUGGGCAUGACCAUCGCCUCGUCCGAGUUCGCCAAGUCCUACGUAGGUACUGAUGGGGAUGGAAAGGCAAUCUACUCCAACACUACAGCAUCCAAGGCUUCUUUAGCAAUGGUCUUCAUCUUUGGCGCCGUCUUCUCGUUUGGAAUCACGCCCCUCCAGGCUCUUUACCCCGUCGAAGUGCUCUCUUUCGAGAUGCGUGCCAAGGGAAUGGCCUUUUCCAACCUUGCUGUUAAUGCUGCCGGCCUGCUGAACCAGUUUGCUUGGCCUGUGGCCAUGAAGGAAAUCGGUUGGAAGACAUACAUUAUUUUUACUAUAUGGGAUCUCAUCCAAGUUGCUCUGAUCUAUGUCUUCAUCCCUGAGACCAAAGGUCGAACUCUUGAGGAACUUGAUGAGAUAUUUGAGGCCCAAAGCCCGGUGAAAAUGUCAACCCAAAAGAAAACAAUUGCAAUCGAUAGUCAAGGGGCAGUAUUGAAGGUUGAGAAGGUUUAGUCUUUUUGCAUUGUUUCAUCUUGCCGGCAAGAGUAACUGUGUCUCGGAGGAACAGAUCUGUGAUGGUUGAGAUGCUUUGGAUAUGAGCAUUUCUGGGGACUCUGGUAACAGGCCUUUUUGUUUCGGUAGUGUAGUAUGCUUUCAAGCGAGCUUGAUGUAUCAUCUGACCAAGAAAACCCGUUUUCAAACAUAAGGGAUUUUACAUUGCAUGUC